CGAAUUUUAUUUACCUUUUACAUUUAAUAAACAGUACUUUGACAUGGACGUGGACGCACUGGGCAGAAGGCUGCGCAAGCAGUUCCCAGGGCGCGACGGUGAGCUUGACCUGCUUCUAUCACUGCUUGGAGAACCUGAGGAUCCGUCCCCGCCAGGCAUCUUUGUUUACGGACCGAGCGCAACGGGCAAGAGCACGAUCGUGCGAGAGCUGUUUGCACAGUAUGACCCAGCAGGCCAGCAGUAUGCGCUGGUCAACUGCGUGGAGUGUUUUACGUCGCGGCUACUGUUUGAGCGCGUGCUGAAUGCAUGGGCGGGCCAUGUCCCGAACCGAGAGAACAAAUAUGCCAAUGUGGCCAAAAGCGAUACCUCGGUUGAUUUUGUAGCCCAUGCACGGACUAUGCUGAAAGGCAGGAGAGGAACACAUUAUAUUGUGCUGGACCAGGCUGAGCGGCUGCGCGAUCGCGGGCCGAUGCUGCUGACGGUGCUGCUGCGGCUGUCGGAGCUGACAGGCGCGCAGGUCUCUGUGGUGAUGAUUUCAAAUGUCGUGUGGGACAAGUUUCGGCCACGGCACGGCGGGGCGGUUGACCCGAUACAGGUGUACUUUUCGUAUUAUACCAAGCAGCACGUCCUGGAGAUCCUGGCCUCGGACUGUCCUGAUGAUGAGCCGCGCGAGUUCUUCUUGACAUUCGUGGAUGCAGUGUAUGAAGUAUUCCAUCGGAAUUGCGUCGAUCUGAGCGAGCUGCGGCACCUAGUAGCCCUGCUGUAUCCAAAGUUUGUGCAGCCGGUGUUUGAGGGCCAGGCAACACGGAACGAGUUUGCCCGGCUCUUCAAGCUCUGCCAGCCGUACUUUGUCGCGGCCACAGACAAGCUGUAUCUACGAGAGAUCUCAACUUCGGAAUGGCAACGCAAUUCCGUCAAGGCGUCAGCCAAGACAAACCCAGACGAUAUCACCAACUCCAUAUACGGCAUGGCGGAGGUCGGCGACGGACUGGAUCUGCCAUACUACACAAAGUUCUUGCUGAUCUCAGCGUACUUGGCGUCCUACAACCCAUCGCGUCUGGAUGUGCAGUUCUUUUCACGCGGCAAAGGAAACGCCAGCAAGCGGCGCAGACACAAGACAAGUGCAGACGACUCGCUGGGCAGCAGUAAUCGACAGCAGUUGCUGGGACCAAAGUCAUUUGGUAUUGAGCGCAUGCUGGCAAUAUUCUACAGCAUCAUCGCCGAGCCGGUUGACAGUUCUGUCGACGUGCAGACGCAGAUGGCCUCGCUGAUUACGUUGCGGCUGCUGACAAAGGUCUCGGCCGGCGAUCGGCUUGACAGCAUCAACUGCAAGUGCAACGUCAGCCUAGAGACGAUCCGGGCCGUCGCUCGCAGUGUGAGGUUCGAGAUCGAUCGGUUCUUGCAUGACUUUUCGUAGCGUGGGUUUAAUGAAACAUCGAGCAGCAGGCUUUAUUUAUCCAACAUCCAGUUUUACAUGCAGAGACGGUAGGUGACAUAGCGGCCAGCAGUCUCCGAAGCACGGAUGAUCUGGACGACCUGGCCACGCGUGAGACCGUAGUAUCUGGCAACGGGGUCAUCGUUGCUAAUGCGCGGCAGCUGGGUCUCCUUCAGGCGAUAGCGCUUCAAAAUGCCCUUCUUCUCCUCAUCGCUCAAGACCUUGUGCUGCGGCACAAGCUCGUGCUCAGUAAUGUUGACCAGCAGGUUGGCCUCAUCGAAGGCCUCCAUGCGGUACUUUCCAGUGACCUGCGACAUCAGC